CUUGUUAUCGAUAACCAAAUUGGCUGCUUCAAUAAGAAAUUUGUUAUUUCAAUUUAAAGUUGACUUUCCGCUAAAAUGACGCAUCCGCUGGAGGCGCCGCAGCGCAGCCGCAAGUACCCAUUCGUGCACAUGCGCAUCGCGGACCACAGCGCGCUGGACACCAUCGAGGGGCGCCACAACUGCCGCCUGUGCAACCGAUCGCGCAAGUUCUUCUGCUACAGCUGCUGCGUGCCGGUGGGCGAGCUGGAGGAGCUGCUGCCCUGCCUGGAGCUGCCGCUCCAAGUGGACAUCAUCAAGCACAAGAAGGAAAUCGACGGCAAGAGCUCGGCGGUGCACGCGGCCGUUCUGGCGCCGGCGCACGUGAGGAUCCACACAUUUCCGGACAUCCCCGACUAUCGCGAGGAGACGGGCGUGGUGCUCAUAUUCCCCAGCGCCACUGCGCUCACGGUGCCGCAGCUCUUCGCGCGCAACGUGCAGCUGCAGAUCGGCGACAACUACGGGCUGCCCAAGGGCCACCACAUGGGCACCAUGCUGCGCAGGCGAAUGGACGAGGUGGAGGUGAAGGAGUUGCAGGAGGACGCAGAUGAGCCGGAGCAGGCGCGGCGAACCUGGACGCUGGACAACCUGCCCGUCCGCCGAGCCGUCUUCAUAGACAGCACCUGGAACCAGAGUCGCGGGAUCUACGCGGACCCCAGGGUGCGCGGCCUGCGAACGGUGGUGCUGCAGAAUAGACUGUCGCAGUUCUGGCGCCACCAGCGCGGCAGUCCGCGCUGGUACCUGGCCACCAUCGAGGCCAUUCACCAGUUCCUCCUGGAGGUGCACAUCAAUGCCUGGGGCCUGAACGACGCCUACCGCGGACUGGACAACCUGGAGAUCACCGAGGGCUUCCAUCAGCUGGCGGCGCCGCUGACCAAGCAGGCGGCUAGCGAGGAUGUGGGCAGGGAGGCGCCCUACAAUGGGCAGUACGACAACCUGCUCUUCUUCUUCGCCCACAUGUACGAUCUCAUACACAAGUACUACGACCACAACGACCUCAUCGCCUACCGACGACCCAUCUAGCGUUCUAAGUAGUUUGUAUCGGAAUUAAUGGAUAUAUAUUGGAUGUAGUGAGAAGUACACGUAACUGCUGGCCUAGACUACUGCUCCCACUGGUCCUACUGCUUCUUCUUCUUCUUGCCCUCGUCGCCGGACUCGGAGCUCGACGACUUGGCGUCCGUAUCGAUGGGCUUCUGCCACUUGAGCGCAUUGCGACGGUACAGCGGCCACGGCGGAAUGGUGAUCUGCGCGGGAAUCUCGUUCGUUUAGCAAUGGCUGCGCUACCACGACAGCUACUCACCAGCGAGGAGAGCACGAAUCCGGCGCCCAGGAUGUACACGGUCUGCGAGAACUGCUGCACGAAGGCUCCGUAGGCGAGGCCCACGAUUCCGAAGAACGUGAUGAUGAAGCGCGACCAGCGCUCCGCCUUUCCCUGCCCCGCGAAGUCCUGCGGCGGGGGAGUGCGUUAGUGUUAGUGCCAAAGGCUGCGCGGCAUACCUACCAUAUGCGUCUGGAUGUCCAACAUUUUGUGCAAUUCCCAAGCUGCGAUUCAACAAUUUUCGCGUAAACAAUUUUCUUUGCGGCACGUCAGCAGCUGAAUGGUGUGACCGUGCUAGCGGGAAA